UCAAGUAUGGUUAUGCCGAAAAUUUCUUCAAAGCCAAUGACGUAGUCAAAUAUGUGGCAGGACUUGGACGUCCAGGAAAAAACAUUAACUUCCUCCUACGUUUCGUCUAUUAUCUGUACGUAUUCUUUAUUUAUUUUAUUGGCUUCGCCUUCGUAGUGUAUGAGUAUAUGAUAUUUAAUGAAAUGCUUAACAAUAUUUCCAAAUUGCUGAGCUACAUAGGAAUGUGUUUAACUCAUACUUUGGGCAUGAUAAAACUCAGUAUAUAUGUUUUCUUUCAAAGAAGAGUUAAUAAGAUACGAAAUAAUUUACAAGACGAUAGAUUUAAGUAUACAUCUCUUAAUGAAAAUGGACCCAGCGCUUUGUAUGCGGCUGAGAUGAAGAUCAGUUCAACAGUUGCUUUUUUAACCCUAAGUAUGUAUGGUGGUGUUGGCGCAUCUGCUCAUGUAUCAACCGUAAUGGCUAUAGACAAAGAAACGGAGGGUAAUGAUUUUAUAGGCAACACAACUUGCUAUGAUGUGCUACCAUAUUACUUUGUUAUUCCAUUCCCUGCAGAAACAAAGGGAAUGUGCAUGCUAGCAGCUACUUUCAUGGAUAUUGGAUUUGCAACUUGGGCUUUUGUUAUAUCGUACUACGAUGGAAUGUUUGUAGCUAUUCUAAGAUGUUUAAAAGUUCAGUUAGUGAUCGCUGGGCACGUUGUCGUAACACUACGUCAACGAUGUUUGAAGCAGUUACAACUACGCGAAGAUCUGGAGUUAUUGCAUGACAGUGAAAAGCCAGAAUUGGAGCAAGAACUGCACCAGGAACUUGGACAUGUCAUCGAACACGUCAAACUACUUUUUGAGGUUCGAGACGAUGUAGAAAGUCUAUUUACAUUUGUAACAUUGAUACAAACAUUAUGUUCUUUAUUUAUUUUUGCAUCCUGCAUGUUUGUUGCCUCUAUAGUACCGAUGACGUCUCCUGAUUUUUUUGCUCAAAUGGAAUUCUUUCUUUGUGUUCUGGUGCAACUGGCAGUAAUGUGCUGGUCUGGAAAUGAAAUUACAACUGCAGGUUACGAUUUUGGUCAGGCUUUAUAUAAUAGCGACUGGUUCUCGUGUAGUAAAAGAUUUAAAAGCUCUAUGGUUUUAACGAUGAUUCGUAUGCAACGACCAAUUGUUUUGUCUAUUGGCAAAUUUACCCCUCUAACGAUUACAACACUAGUAAAUGUCUGUCGAGGAUCAUUUUCGUAUUUUGCUGUAUUUAAGAGUGUAAAAUAAUAAUGUGUUAAUGUUAAACAUUACUGAAAAUCCCAAUGUUUUAAAUGAAAUAAACUUUAUAGAAAAAAUAUAGUUGUAUAAGAAGGCAUAAUGCACAGUUUCCUUUGUAGGGCACAA